AUGUUUAUGGACAACUUGACCAGAGGUGAGUUGGAAAAACUUCAGAAGAGGUACAACCACUUGUGGUCCUUGGUGCUGGCACAAAACCAAAAGGAAUCAGGGGAUGUGUCCUUGAAACAUCACCAAGUGGAACUAGAGUCUGUCUCCAAGGACAUCAGGGAUUCCUCAUUGGGUAUUGAACAUCUCCUGAGAGAGGUUGGCCAGAUCUAUGAAGCUUUGGAAGAAACUUCAUCACAGAAGUUGUCCUCCCUUCCUGAAAUUGCUGCUGACCUGAUGAUUUCUGGGUACCCCCUUGAGCUGAUGGAUGGGGAUGCUUCCUAUGUACCUCUGACAUGGGUAGCAGCUGUUUUUGACAGAUUAAUUAAGAAAAUUGGAGAUGUAAAGAUCUUUGUUCUUUCUGUUCUUGGCCUCCAAAGCACAGGGAAGUCCACUCUGUUGAAUGCUAUGUUUGGUUUGCAGUUUAAUGUCAGUGCAGGGCGAUGCACAAGGGGAGCUUACAUGCAGUUGCUAAAGGUGGAGAAGACACUCUGGGAAGAACUGGGCUUUGGUUUUGUCCUUGUGAUUGAUACAGAAGGACUCCGGGCCCCAGAACUCGCCUGUAAAUCACAGAAUCGGGAUAAUGAGCUGGCCACUUUUGUUAUUGGACUUGGAAACCUGACCUUGAUCAAUAUAUUUGGAGAGAAUCCUUCAGAAAUGCAAGAUAUCUUGCAAAUUGCUCUCCAGGCUUUUCUGCGAAUGAAGCAAGUGAACAUUCUCCCAAGUUGCCUCUUUGUGCAUCAGAAUGUGGGUGAAAUCACUGCCAAAGAUCAAAACAUGGAAGGAAGAAAGAGAUUGCAGCAGAGACUGGAUGAAAUGGCAGCCACAGCUGCAGAACAGGAACAGUUAUCAGAUAUCAGCCACUUCAGUGAUGUCAUUCGGUUUGAUGUUAAUACGCAUGUCCAUUACUUUGCCCAUCUGUGGGAAGGGGAUCCUCCAAUGGCCCCUCCCAACCCCAGUUAUAGCCACAAUAUCCAGGAACUAAAAAGAGGAAUUCUUUUGGCUGCCAAAAAAGAAUCUAGAGGCAGCAUCCUGAAGGUUUCUGAGGUGAAAGUCCGGAUCCAGGAUUUGUGGAAAGCCUUGUUGAAUGAAAAUUUUAUCUUCAGCUUUAGGAAUACUCGGGAGGUCAUGGUCAUGAUCAAACUUGAGACUAUGUAUAACAACUGGACCUGGAAUUUAAGAAGUCAUGUGUUAGGGUUACAGAACCAACUGACCAAUCAGAUUCAGAAUGGGGAAAUUCAGGAUCUCCCAAGAAGUUUGAUUGAAACGAAUAUUGCAGAAAAAUAUGAAGCUGUCAGGCAAGAGCUUCAAACUUAUUUUGAUGAUGAUCCAGAGAAUGAAAUCCUGAUCCAGUGGAAGGGAAACUUUGAGAACAAACUGAGAAAUCUUCAAGAGGCACUUGUUUCAGAAAGCAUUAGAAAGUCCACUGAUCUCCUUAGUGCAAGGAAAGGUCAAGAUAAACUGAAUAAAAAGAAAUCAGAAUAUGAAAAAGAGCUUUUAUUAAGAAGCAGAGAUGUGGCUCUUUCCUAUCUUGGUAAAGAAUUAAGUGAGGAGGAGCUAAGAGAAAUAUUCAUUCCACUCUGGACAAAAUGGGUCCAUGAAGUAUCCUCAAAUUUCCUCCUGUGGAACAUCCCAAAUUGAUGUAGAUUUGGAGAAUGUCUUUUCUGGACUAUUUUAAACAGGAGUGC